ACUCGUUCCAACUCCAUCAAUCAAAGCGAAUCCACAUUAACGAACGUCGGACCUUUCGCUCCGAAUUAGUCACACAGAUGUUCGUUCGAUCGUUCAUAGGUAAG